GAGGGGGGAGGAACUGUGGUGUUCACGAGCUCAUCUGUGCCAGACGAGAUCAUUUACUAUGUACAGAGGCAGAAGUACUGGUAGUGCUUUUUAGGAACAGCUGGCUCUAAAGAGGAUAUUCAUUUUGAGAAGCAACAAGCUGUCAGUGGAGAGUCCUGACAAUCUCUCACAUCUCAGCGGCUAUAAGACCAACCAGACAGUGCCUCUGAUGAGCUAAUCUAGAGGUCAGCGUGGUGACGGGAUCCCUGACUGAGAGAUGGCCUUCUUCAAGAGCUUCCAGCACAACCUCCCAUCUGUCAACAUUUCCUCCAUCUUGGACUCGGUCACCAGUCGUGUGGACGACCUGGCCAACGCCGUCAGCGACGUCACUUAUGCUGUCAGCGACCAACUGACCGAGCAGGUGACCACCAUCAUAAACAAGGUGCAAGAUGAGGAAGAUGUGGGCAACAGCAGUAGCCAGGAGUCGGGUCAGGCUUCCACAGCACAGGACGGGCCACAGACCAGCAAUAAAAGCAUGUGGCAAAGGUCCAGAGACUCAGAAACGAGCAACACAACCUCAAAGACCAACCAAGCCGGUGAUAGUACAGAGGCAGAGUACACUGCGAGCCAGCUGGAGUGGGAGUGGAGGGACGGAUGCUGGCGAGUUAAAAAGACGGAGGCCGAGUUAGCAGAGGAAGAGAAGAGGAAGAAAGAGGAGAAAGAGCUGUGGGAGAAGAGGGAGCAGAGGAGAAAAGAAAGGAGACAGAAGCAGCUAGAGAAAGAAGCCAGGUUACAAGAAAACAAAGAGGAAUCCCAAGAUGGAGGGCAAGAGGAGGAAACUGGCGACAAUGGAAAAGAUAGACAGGCGAGUGACAGCGGAGAACAAUCGGCUGCUCAGCAAAGAGAAGAUGACUGCUCGGAUGAAGCUCCUCGGCCACCUGCCCACCCCGACGCUGAAAGCAGCUUAUCAGAACAGAAAGAGCGAAAAGUGGGGGAGGGAGAAGGAGAGGACGCGAAGGAGGACAGCCUCGAGAGAGAGGGAGACGAUGAGGAAGAGGCCGAGCUUUCAAGAGCUUCCUCCACAGUAAAAAAGAAAAAGUCAGACAAGAAGAAAGGGAAAGGAGCAAAAGGGGUUUCGAAGAAAUCGGAAGAAGUGUCGGAUGUGGAGAAAAAGAAGGAGAAAGGGAGGAAGAGCAAGAAGAAAAAGAAAAGCAGCCAAGAUGUGGUUUUAUCAGACAGCGAGGAGGAGAAAGGCCCCGAGGCUGUAGCCCAGCCGAACACAACCUCCGUGUGGAGUAACAAAGAGUCCACCGAGCAGGGGGGCUACAGCAGCGAAGCCUGCAGGGAACAGGGCAACAGCAUCCAGAGGAUAAAGAAGGAUCCCUCCCUCAGUGAGCCCCAGCCUCCUCCGUACCAGGACGAGGUCUCGGCGGCGCACGCGUCCUCUCGCUCCCGCUCGGAGAGAGGGGUCAGGAGGGGGUCGUCCCCACAGCGCUGCGACAGCCCCCGCUGCUCCAGUGAGGCCAGCGUGGAGCAGGACACCGAGAGCUACCUCAACAAAGGCUGCGAGGAGGACAUACCCAGUGACAGCACCGCUGUGCUGGGUCCAGAGGAUGGCUCUGGUCCUCAGCUCCCCACAGCCUACGAGCCAGAGCCACUCGCCAAAUACGGCACGCUUGACGUGGCGUUCGAGUACGACUCCAGCGAGCAGUAUCUGGCCGUCACGGUCACAGCGGCGACAGACAUUCCUGCCCUUAAACAGACGGGCAACAUCGCGUGGCAGGUCCACCUGGUCCUGCUGCCCACCAAGAAGCAACGGGCCAAGACGGGCGUGCAGAAGGGCCCGUGUCCUGUCUUCACGGAGACAUUCAAGUUUUCCAGGGUGGAACAGGAGGCCCUGGGGGACUACGCUGUUCGCUUCCGUCUGUACAGCAUCAGGCGGAUGAAAAAGGAGAAGGUCCUCGGAGAGAAGGUGUUCUACCUGACUAAGCUCAACCUGCAGGGCAAGAUCGCUCUUCCUGUCACGCUGGAGCCGGGCUCUGAACUCACAGGUUGCGGCUCUCUAGUGAGCGUGUCUCGCAGCGCUGGAGCUCUGUCCUAUCGCUCCACGGAAGACUCGUCCUUGCCAGAGAUCCUCUUGGGUCUCAUUUACAACUCCGCCACGGGACAGUUAUCAGCCGAGGUCAUCCAGGGAAGCCACUUCAAAACCGCAGCGUCUGAUAAACCCGUCAAUGGUCUGUUCUGUUGUAUAAAACACUUUGUAGGGGGGCAGCUUUACAUCAUGAGAGACACCUACGUGAAGCUGACCAUGCUGGACUCCAAGGGGAAGGAGAUGUCCAAGUGUAAGACGGCCGUUUGCCGCGGGCAGCCCAACCCCACCUACAAGGAGACGUUUGUGUUCCAGGUGGCGCUGUUCCAGCUGUCCGAGGUGUCGCUGGUGCUGACGGUGUUCUGCCGCCGGAGCAGCAUGAGGCCCAGGGAGAGGCUGGGUUGGGUCUCUCUGGGGCACAACAGCUCCAGCGAGGAGCAGCAGGCCCACUGGACAGAAAUGAAGGAGGCGGAGGGACAGCAGGUGUGCCACUGGCACACGCUUACUGACACAUAGGAGGAGGAUUUAUGAAGACUGAGCUUGCGUUCACAGCAUUCACAGUGUGUGUGAUGAGUGUGUGUGUAUGUGUGCUGCAUACAGGUGUGAGGACAGGCAUGGAUUCCCAGUCUUCACUGCCAGAGACUGCAUGAUUACCCUUUAAUCUGCCACUUUCCUCUGAGGGAGAGAUUUAAUUGUUGGAGGUGGGAGGUGGAAGCUCCAGCGUUUUUACCGACGGGGAAAAAAGGAAACGGCAAUUAAUGACUUUAUUAUCGCUGAACUAACCAAAAACAGAAGGAAACGGUUUGUUUCCCUGUAAUUCUGCCUACAGCGAGACCUGCAUGUACACUUACUGUUUACAGGACAAUUUCAAAGACCUAACAUUUUCUGUCUCUGAAUCUUGGACCAAAGAGCUCGGUCCGGGUCUAGCAGACUCCUCCUUGUUUUCUUCUUGGGCUCCUCUGGACUUCAAGCUGCCACCAGCAUACCAGACAUUUCUCUGUCCGUCACAGGCAUUGACAAAAGAGAAGGCGAUGAAAAGACUGUUACAAAGGGCCUGCGACAUGCUGCAUCUGUGCUUACAAGCUACGCUUUGUGCAGUUUGUUAACGUGCACAUGACAUUAUGCAAGAUCCAGUGGUUCCCUCUUUUCAUGUUUUUGGAUUAUCAGUCAAAUGGUUUACCAGUUUUAUGAGCGUCUCUCUGGGGUAUGUCCCACACAAAAAGAGAUUUUUUUUUUUAUGGUGGUCUUGCAUAACUCGGUACACUAUGCAUCUGACGCCACUUUAAACGAGAGGAAUGAAAUUGUGUCUUGUGCUUGUUGAGUCUCUUACAGAAUUGGACACAGCUCUGCAUGCCACUCGUAUCAAAGAGCAGCUUCCUUUUCCUGUGUAAUACAGACUGAGCCUCUUACACCAUUCAGCCUUCUGACAACUCAGCCAUGUUCAUUCAUGUGGAAACACGGUGCUUCCCGCUGAGGAGUAAUAUGCAAAAGCCUGUGCAGUCCAGUAAACCUGAGUGUUUCUGUGAGGCAGUGCUGAUGACAGCCAAGGCUGUGCUGGUUGUGAUGCGAGUUGGAGGGGCAAAAUGACAUUACGG